ACCUCUUCCCUCUGCUUUCCUCCGUCCCCUCUCCCCCCACACAGACAGGCUGUGGAUCCAAGUAAAUGAAAUGUAAAAUCCAAGUUCCCAGCAAGUGUGAGAUGCCUGUGCUGGGGGAGUAGCCACCACCAACUGGCUCUGCCCCUUCCCUCCCCCUUCCCCUGUAAUCUGAAACUUCACAUCUCCUGGACAACCAACAACAAAAAAGCCAAGGCAGAGAGAGCAGCUGGUUGUCAGCAGGAGAAAAGAGCUCCUCUGAGUGGAUCUCAGGGAAGUGGAGCUGGGAGAGAGACGCCAGAAAGGGGCAGGAUGAGGUGAAGGCCCGACGGCAGAAGGGAGCCCGCAUUCUCCUAGGAAGGAUCCAGGAGGCCAAUCUGCAUUUCUGCUUUAAGGAAAGUGAAGAGAGUAGCCGCACAGUGAGUACAGGCUAGAGGGAGGUGUGGUGCAGCAUGGCAACCCAGAACUUUCUGCAGGAGAUGCACUCGAUGGGCCAGAAGUUCCUUCUUAAAUUACAGAAGCUGCCUCAGGCCGAGCCCGUUGAGAUUGCAGCCUUCUCUGUCAUUCUCUUCUUCAUUGCCACAGUGCUGCUGUUAUUGGUAAUAGCCUGCAGCUGCUGCUGUACCCAGUGCUGCUGCCCUGACCAGAGAAGCAGGAAGAUUCAGGUCCAGCCCAUGACACCAUCAUGAGAGGAGGCAAAGCAGAAGGCUGCCCAAUCCUGCCGGGGUUUCUGGCCAUGGCCCUACAGCACACAGCAGGCGAGACGAGGGACAGAUGGAGAGCUCCAGCUUGCUGGGAGGACCCACAACAGGCCAGGCUGCAGCCACUUAGGUAAAGGCCCCCCCUCCCCAGCUCCGACUCUAGAUAGGGACCUGAUGACAAAAGUGGGGAGCCACUAGGCCCAGAUGAACCUUCCGCUCAACAAGAGAUGCCAAAGAUAAGCCAACAGUGCCAGAGACUAUGGAUAAACGGUCUUCAUUCCUUUCUUGGUCUGUGCCUUACCAAAAAGAAAGGGAAGUAGGCCUGUCCCCAGGGCCUUGAGAAGGACAAUCUCAUUUUUUAGCCAUGGAAGAACUCAAUUAAUCCAUACCAAAGAAGCAGCCAAAUUGUAUUAUGAUUAACAUGUCUUGAAACCAUGUGAGUGAGAAAAUGCCUUUCUUCUAGGAUGUGCUUUUGUCUUCUAAGUAAAAGUGCCAUUAAGGUACCAGUUACCAUGGAGUUUCAGGGCUGGUUUAUUAGUAGAGGAGAUGGAGGCUAAGAAGCCUCAAGGGAAUUAAUUGAUGCUGACUUCUCUAUCCUUGUCCUAUACAAGUGCCCACGAAAGCCACCCAAAUGGAGGAGCUAAGAACCAGGCAGAAGGUUGGUUUGAUUAAAUGUGGAGAAAUCUGUUAAAUAGUAAAAAGGCAGCAAAACUUAGAUCAAAUACAACAGAAGAUAUUGUCACCAAAUUAUUAAAAUAUAAAUUCUUUUUGUUAACAAAUGGUAAAAACCAACGUGGGAAAUGACAGUCACAAUCAUUCCAUUUUGUCCAAAUGUUUUCAGGAGAAUGUACUCUUGGGGGGACUGGUUUGCCCAUUUGCUGUAUCAAAGCCAAAUAUCCCAAUGGAACAAAACAUUUGUUAAAAUAACACUAACUAGAGAAGGAAUACAGAUGAGGGUGGCUCAGAGGCAUUCAGCUAGAGCUAGGGUUUCUACGGAAGUCCUGUCUCAUCUCCUAUUUUCCCUUAACUGCAAUGUAAGAAGGAGGCAACAAAAACAUCUUGCCCAAACGUUAGAGAUGAAUGGAAGUUUCAAUGGUUUCUAGAUUUGGUCCUGAAGUCUUAAAAACCAGUUUCAGAACUGGAUCUAAAAUUCAGCACACUACUUUCCCUCCUAUCCCCAACUAGUUUUCUGUUCCUAUUUGAAGGAAUUUUUCAGGUAGAAAAAGAUAUAAACCCAGGAUUGAAGGUGAAAGGAGGAAAGGGUUUCCACAAAUGGUGGGAUUGCCAAGAGCAUGUGAUUUCUCAUUUUUCCAAGUCAAUAAUUAUCCAAAGCCAUCAAAUGGAAAACAUUUCUAAUUUAGUUCCUCUUCUGUGCUUCCUAGUCACUAUCCUGGCUACCUGAGAAUAAAUACUUAACCCUACAGAUCUCUGCCACCUCUCCCUACCACCUCUGUUUAGUCCAGGAACCUGGCUAUUGCUCACCAGAUCAGGAAAGGCAAGCAUUGUUUGCUCGUUUCACUUCCUGAUUUUCAUGCACUGGUUGGACAGGUUAAGACUAAAGACAAUGGGAGGAACCAUUUUCAUCUGACACAAAUAUUUUCCUGCCUCUUCCCCCCAACAGCCCAAUAAAAAUUUAAAAAGCAGUACAAGAAUCCAAUGGGCUUUGGCAAUAAAGGCUACAAACAACUGUGCUUGGAAGAAGGGGAACAGUAGUACUUUAUGAGUCGACACACCUGAAUAUAUGUACAAGCUCAGCCUCCCAAUUCCAACUUGAAGCAUAGGCCCAGGAUCUGGUUUCGCUGUCUCCGUUGAAGUCAAUCAGUUCCCACCCCAAACAUACACACUCUCUUAAC